GUCCGUGUUCCUUGUCGUUCGCCGCAGUGCCUGGCGCCCGGGAAGAGGUGGUAGUGAGGGGAACCAGGUCGUGGCUCUCCGGUUUCCGAGGUUUGAGGUUUGUCGGAGGAGGGAGAGGGCGGCGAGCGAGAAGAAUCCGCCGCAGCCGGUCCUCGGCGACUUUCCCGCUGACCUCCGCGCGACGUACCCGCCGCCGCUGUUGGUUGGAGCAUUUGACAUUGUGCAGCAAAGAAAUGGUUAUGGAGAAGCCCAGUCCGCUGCUUGUAGGGCGGGAGUUUGUGAGGCAAUAUUAUACUUUGCUGAAUAAAGCUCCAGAAUAUUUACACAGGUUUUAUGGCAGGAAUUCUUCUUAUGUUCAUGGUGGAGUAGAUGCUAGUGGAAAGCCCCAGGAGGCAGUUUAUGGCCAAAAUGAUAUACACCACAAAGUAUUAUCUCUGAACUUCAGCGAAUGUCAUACUAAAAUUCGUCAUGUGGAUGCUCAUGCAACCUUGAGUGAUGGAGUGGUGGUCCAGGUCAUGGGUUUGCUGUCUAAUAGUGGACAGCCAGAGAGGAAGUUUAUGCAAACCUUUGUUCUGGCUCCUGAAGGAUCUGUUCCAAAUAAGUUUUAUGUUCACAAUGAUAUGUUUCGUUAUGAAGAUGAAGUAUUUGGUGAUUCUGAACCAGAACUUGAUGAAGAAUCAGAAGAUGAAGUAGAAGAGGAACAAGAAGAAAGGCAACCAUCUCCAGAACCUGUGCAAGAAAAUGCUAACAGUGGUUACUAUGAAGCUCACCCUGUGACUAAUGGCAUAGAGGAGCCAUUGGAAGAAUCCUCUCAUGAACCUGAACCUGAGCCAGAAUCUGAAACAAAGACUGAAGAGCAGAAACCGCAAGUGGAGGAGAAGAACUUGGAAGAGUUAGAGGAGAAGUCUACUUCUCCUCCUCCUGCUGAACCUGUUUCUCUGCCGCAGGAACCACCAAAGCCGAGAGUGGAAGCUAAACCAGAAGUUCAGUCUCAGCCACCUCGUGUGCGUGAACAGCGACCUAGAGAACGACCUGGUUUCCCUCCUAGAGGACCAAGACCAGGCAGAGGAGAUAUUGAACAGAAUGAAGCUGAUAACCGUAGAAUAAUUCGCUAUCCAGAUAGUCAUCAACUCUUUGUUGGUAACUUGCCACAUGAUAUUGAUGAAAAUGAACUGAAAGAGUUCUUCAUGAGUUUUGGAAACGUUGUGGAACUUCGCAUCAAUACCAAGGGUGUUGGGGGAAAGCUUCCAAAUUUUGGUUUUGUGGUUUUUGAUGACUCUGAACCAGUUCAGAGAAUCUUAAUUGCAAAACCAAUUAUGUUUCGCGGGGAAGUACGUUUAAACGUGGAAGAGAAAAAGACAAGAGCUGCCAGAGAGCGAGAAACUCGAGGUGGUGAUGAUCGCAGGGAUAUUAGGCGCAAUGAUCGAGGUCCUGGUGGUCCCCGUGGAAUAGUGGGCGGUGGAAUGAUGCGGGACCGGGAUGGAAGAGGACCCCCUCCAAGAGGUGGCAUGGCACAGAAACUUGGCUCUGGGAGAGGAACCGGGCAGAUGGAAGCGCUUCACAGGACAGCGUCGCUGAGUCUCCACUGUUGGCAAUCUUGGCAGUGGUACAUUAUUCAUCGUGUUUGCAUUCUUGUUAAUUUUUUUUGGCUUUGGAAUGUGACACAGCCUUUUUGAUCAUUUCUUUGAUGUGAAAAGCAUCUUUUAGUUAUCAGUUAAAUUGAGGUGGACAUUAUUUCCCCAGUUUUACAACAGGAUUCGCAUUGUUAAUUUAUAAAUCUAGACUUGGAGAAUUAAGGACUGAGAAAUGACCAUAUCUUAAACUGUCUGCAACAAAAUGAACUUAAAAGGACAUGCCCAACUGAAUUCAGGUCCUUUGAGUCAAAAAAAAUCCUCUGCUGCACAUUUUGUUUAAGUGUUACUGUUUCUGCCUGUUAAUGUGGGAAACACAAAUAGUGCAAUUUGUGCAAUUGGAGAAUCUUGCCUUUUUCCUUGGCUCCCCCCAAAAAUACAAACCAACAGAAACUUGUUAUGCACUCAUCAAAAUGCACUAAUGGGUACUCUGAACUCAUUAACAUUGACAUCUGCAAAGGAGGCAACAGGGGAAAAAAUCUUUCAUCUUUUUUUCCAGUAGCGCAUAGUUGUGAAAUGAUGAGGGCAUUUUUACCUGCUUGCUGUGACCAGCGUGUGUACACAUAAACCUUAACAAGACUACAAGUAUAUUCCAGAAGGAAAUCAUUUAGUUAUGAACUAAAUAACAAAAAUCAGGACUUCAAAUGCUAUGGUCUUGAAUAUUAGACCAGAUUUCGUAGCUCCAUAUCUAAGAUUUUUCUACCUGCCCCUCUUCAGCACAGGGAUGGCUGGCUGCUCAAAACACUCCUCCUCCCCCUUUUCCUUUCUUUAAGCUGUGUACAGUGAAAAUUGUCUUUACUGUAUUUUGUUCUCUGGUAAUGUAAUAAGCAUGAUGGUGCCUUCUAUUAAUACAUCAUUCCAGUCUUGCUGGUAAUUUUGUACAGUAUAGUGUAUGAAUUGCUGUGCUGCAAAGCCAAACAGCUACAAAAUGUUGAAAAAUCAUUGAAGUGUAUAAAAAUUGCAGUAUCUUUAAAAUCAGUAAAAUUGACUAGCAUAUUAUUUACCUUGUUCUUCAGUUAACAACUUUGUGUUCUCUGUGGGAGGGAGUCUUGUGUGUUUGGGAGGGAGGGGGAAGGAGGAAGUCAGUUAUUUGAGUAAGUCUCUUGUUGACUUUUCUGUUAGCCUGAAUGUGAACGUUGAAGCGUAUCACUUGAGAGGUGCUGGAAAAGUCAAUCAACUUGAUGUACAUUUUUAGUGACAUUUUAAAAGCAGUCAGGUUCCAUAAAUGGCAAGUAAACCUGGAGUGAGGAUACUGCAAUUUUCGGAGAAAAGAACAGCAGCUCUUAAGUGUUUGCAUUUUCUAUUUGGGGGGCAGGGAACUGUCAUUCAUUUUGCACAAUUCUUGAACUGAUGUCAGCACCCGAGUGGCUCUGAAUUUAAGUCUGGGACGACAUCUUUUAUUUUUACAUGAAUCUCUAAACAAUUCUGUGAGCAAAGUUUGUAGCUGCUGGAUUAUUGUCUGUCUUUAUAGCAAGUUCCAGUAAACCGCAAGUAUGACAAAGGAUAUCCAAUUUUAUGCUUGGAGCAUUUAGUACCUACUAGUUUCUGGAUGUUUCAGGCUAGGAGUGGGGUAAAUAAGUGUGACCACUUAAAGCUGCUUGUUAACAUGGAAGACUUCUCCAUUCUAUCUUAGUAAAAACAAACAAAAAAUGCACUUGACAUAAUAGCAAACGGGUUCUGAAUUAUGGAACUGUUUGCUGUUUAGUAAACUAGCAAAUGAUGCACAUAUUUUGUUUUUCAUGUACUGGGCGAUAUAAGUAAAAUUAAAUCUGUCCCUUUUUUUCCCCCUUGAAUGAGGUCUUCCAUGUUCGAGGAAAAGUCUUGCACUAUUGCGUAUAUUUUGGGGACACAGAUUUCUCAGUUUCCAUUUUGGGGGGUUAAGGAUUUUUUUCCUGUUUGAAAUACUUUUACACUUUCUGAUGUAUAGUACUUGAAGUUCUUACCAGAAAAUUACUUUUGAGUUUUGAAGCCUUUAUUCAAACUGCUUUUAAAUGAGUGGUUUCUUGUCAGUGUUUUGUUUUUUGUAGCAUAUUUUCCCUCUUUCAUUUCUUUCUCCUUCCCAUUUUAUAUAUAUAUAUAUAUAAAAUUUCCAAUCCAAGAUAUUGCCCUGCCACCCAUGAAAACUUCUGGCACCAAAAGUAAUGACAAAUGUUAAGUGUAAUGGAAAAUUAAAGCAAAGAGCCAUUCAGCUUCAGUCUUUACAUACCAUGAGUAAAACAUUAAAACAUCACAUGGAGAAGUUUACAUGGUGAUUGUUCACCUGCAGUACUGUGGACUUUUAACAUUUUGUCCCCUUUCAGUGAACCAGAGUAAAAGUAUUCAUCUACCAUUACUGUUAUUUGCUGUUUUUUGUUUUGUUUUGUUUUUUUGUUCAUUUUUUUUCUUUUUGGAUGGUAAUGUUCUAUGCUAUCCUUAUGACACUAUUGCAACCAAAUUGGCUUUACCAUCUUGGCUUUAGUAGGUAUAGAAGACAAUGGAUUACCAUCUUUAUUGCUGUAAUGUGUUAAGCAUUAUAUGCUAGUAGUAUCUAGUUUAAUUGUU